AAGAACCGCGUAUACACAAACUGGUCUCCUCUGUCCCUCCUUUUUUUUUUCUCUAUAGCUAUGGCUUCUUCAUCCACUAAAAAAAUUGACUCCAUACUUUCGGCGACCAAAUACCCUUCUUCCCGGCGAACGCCUUCGUUCUCUUCGUCAUCAUCUUCGUCGUCGUCGUCAGCAACAUUAUCAUCUCCGUAUUUUCAAGAUGAUUCGCCUCUUAAUCCGGUGGCUCCGGUCCGGUUUUCAGCCGUACCAUUUUCUUGGGAACGUUUACCAGGAAUACCUAAGAAGCUACAAAACCACAAGAAGAAAGAAUCAAUCAAGUUGCUGCCACUGCCACCGCCAGCUACUCCACCAACCUCAAGGAAGAGCAUUUUGGGAAAGUUGCUCUCUCGGAAGAAAACUUCCACUGCCUCCUCCGUCUCCGCCGCUGCUGCUGAGAGUUUCCGGAAGGACCCAUUUUUCACGGCGUUGGUUGAAUGUUCCAAGGAUGACGACGACGACGAAAACAAAUUGUGGAGAGCAGCAGGAGCUAAGGUUACAAGGAGUAUCAGUGAUAGGUUCGGAUUCAGUAAGAUCUGUUUCAAAAAAAGUUAUGCAGUUUCGGAAUCAAUGGUCUAUCUUCCAAGUGCUAGUAGCAGAACAGGGGAAGAAUGAUGAAUGAUGAAUGAUGGUGUCUUCAAAGACUGGAACUCGUCAGUAAUGCUCCAUGUGAUGUUUAAUGAGUAUAUGAGUGAAGAUUACAUUACUCCAUCUGGGAGUUAAGCUAAGCGGUGUUUCUGUAUAUGUAUCAGCUUCUUUAUUAGUAUUCAUUUGUUCUCUGCUAUUUGCAGUGCUGCAUAUUCUAUACUC